AGGGUUACCCCUCAUAGCCAGUUUCUGCUUAUCAUGGGCCUUCCAUGGACACACUUUCACCACUACAUUAUCCUCUCCUCCCCCCCCACCCCCCAAAUGGAGAUCAUUCUAUGUACUUUGAUCAACCAAAUAUUAAGUAUAGGAUCAAUAUCAAGACCUCAAAGUCGGGCUCAUAUUGCAAUUGCAGGACUCUAGUGUUGAACCAGAGCAUCCAGAGUUAAUAAUUAAUGGCCAGAUUAACUUUGGUAUCCAGGCAUUUCUCCAUGAAGAAGCUUUAUAUCACCGAACAAUUCUCGCCAUUGGAAAACCCUUCCCGCUGAACAAUAACAUGAUCGCAACCCGGAGUACCUUCAGGUUCUAUCUACAUCUUUCAAAGUUGCCACCCUUCCUCGGAUGUAGGGAGAUGUUGGUGAUGGUAUAUACUGCAUAUACCAGCUUUCGCGAUUUUGGCGAACAAUAAUAUUUAUGAUAACUCCUUGGAUGCCUGCGCGAAAGCAAGUCUGUCAUGUUUUCAAACAGAACAGAGAUUGAGCGAGCUUUCUUGGCGCGCAUGAUUUAACAGUCACUCACUACUCACUUCGCUGCUGGCAUUAACUAAGGGACAAACUCCGGGCCGCUUUACAGGCAAGCAAUUGAUUUUUGUGGGAUGGGAAAGAUGAGAGAUGAGAGAUGUUGGUAAAGAAAGCUAUCAAUCUAUUUAUUCGAGCACAAUUCAAAGAAUAUUUUCAGAAGCAUGUCGUGUCGUGUCAAGUAACUACUAUACGAUAUAGGAUAUAGAUUGUCAAACCUGCAGGAUAACAUCUCCACCGAUCAGCACGCUGGGAGCUCCCGUCCUCCUCGUUGAUGCCCCGCACAAUACAUGAAUAAUCAUAAUAAUAAUAAUAAUAAUACCCUCUAACUAUUUGCUUGGUACUGGGAUGUUUUUAUACGGUACCAACCAUAUGGCGGAGGAGAGCGGGGGAGACAAGGAUUAGUCAAGAACCACGCAGCGUUAUCGUCAGCAGCCAAACUCUCCAACACUGCCAAAACCCUAAACUUCGCGCUGCGCCUCUGGCCAUCUCCCUUGUUUCCAUGCUAGUUCUGCGCAAUUUUCCUUGGAUUGGCGUGGUGUUUGGCGCCUAGCUUUGCCGCGGGAACGCUGCUGGGCAUGAUUCCCCUCCCGGGCUUGCCACCGGAAUGAGGAAUGACCCGGCGGAUGGCACGCACGUUUUUCGGGAAAUACUAUACCCUGAGCACCCAGGCAUAAGCAGUCCCUUGUGGGAUAACUAGCUAGUAGAUAACCCGGUCUGGUGAUCAAGACUCUUCUUUUAUUCCUUUUUGGCUACCUCAAUUGUGCGGGGGAAGCACCCAUGCCAUGUCGCUCCAUGUGCGAUAACACCACUAUCGGCUUGGUAUUAAUAUUAAUACUACUAUUGUUUGUUAUGACUCUUCUACCUCCCCGAGCUUGAAAUCACCCGCACACACAACACACCACAUCACACCACCAUUGAGGAUUGCGGGGGCCCGAUUUCUGGGGCUGGUCAGCCUGCAUCCUGCGCUUAAAGUUUGAUCGAUCUUUUCUAUUUCCCCAGAUAUUUCUUUUCAGUCUCUCAUAUUUCGACCUUCUCUGCUGGCUUCUUCCCUUCCUUCAACCGUCCUACUGGCCGAACUGGCUCUUCUUUAUUUCCCGCUCGCCAAAAGUGCCGUCCAUAUACAAUCUUCCCUAGUUCCCCUCCACCCGCACCAGAGGCAAGCGAGCUAUGCAAAAAUGUGCAAAGCAGUGCAAAACCUGUUUGAAUCUCAGUUGAAAACUCCUGCAAUUCCUCGUUAACUAAUUCAUCCAAUAUAUUGAUUGAUGCGUGGUUUUUACUGAGGUGACUGGAGAUAAUCCUUUCAUACAUUCCCACCUCACCUCAAACCGUUGCGCGCGCAGCUAGAACAGUCAGCAUGCCUGCUGUAGAGCUCCUGCGCCGCGAGGAACCGGCGCCGAGAAUUAUCAGUCCUCUACCCGCCGAGAAUCGUGGAGGAGUGAUUUCUUUCUUCGCUUGCAGUCUACUUUCAGUCCUCACCACAGGGCCCUUGGUGGUAUGGCUCGCGUAUCGCCUUAUCUUUUGGAGAUGGUACUACACCAGAUAUCCGGGAAGAAAUCAACUCAUCAUAUUGGUUUUCAACCUUUUAAUCGCGGAUCUGCAUCAGGCCUCGGCCAAUCUGGUCUCUCCUUACUGGCUCCUAAGGAACGAGAUAUCUAUUUAUUCUCCGGCGUGCUUUGCUCAAGGCUGGCUUAUCAAUUUUGGAGAUAUCGCCAGUGGCAUGUUUGUCCUUGCCAUCGCUAUUCAUACCUUUGCGGGCGUGGUCUGGAGGAAAAUGUUGAGCCAUGUGGUGUUCGUGGGAUGCGUCGUUGGCCUUUGGAUGUUCUGCUUGCUUGUCACUGCCCUUGCCCCUGCACUUCAUGGCAGACAUGUUUUCGUUCCGAUUGGUGCUUGGUGCUGGAUUGAUAGCGAGUAUGGAGACCAACGGCUAUAUUUACAUUACUUCUGGAUUUUUGUCACAGAAAUCGGUAUCAUUAUCAUUUACCCAACCCUCUUUUUUAUUAUCCGGCACCGCUUAAAGUCGUCGAAGGAGUUUAGAGUCAACGGCUCGAGACGGCCCAAAUUUAACAAAGUACUAAAGAUCAUGAUCAUAUAUCCUAUCGCCUACAUUGUCAUCUCACUUCCUAUCGCCGCCGGCCGAAUGAGUAUGAUGAAUGGCCGUCACCCGGGAAUGCCCUAUUUCUAUUUUACGGGGAGUCUGUUGAUGUGCUCUGGCUGGGUUCACUCCAUUUUAUACUUCCUUACACGGCGCCGCCUGGUGGAAGCAGACAUCCAAACCGAAAGCGGAUCUGAUAGCAGCAACAGACCCAAUCCCAGCUGCGAUCCCAGGUACGAGAUCCCGCUUACUAUAGGCGGUGGGGGACUUCGAGGCACUGGUAGCAGACACAAGCCGAGCCCCGCUGUUCUCAAGAAUUCACGAACGCUACAUACGAUUUCAAGCUCCACAGACAAUAUCCUCGACACGGUCGAACUUUCGGAGCUAGGCGAAGCGAACCAAAUGGGAGUAGUCGAAAUCUCAAGUGAGCCUACCAGGGUCACAUCAUACUCAUCCACAUCGUCAUCUAACGGUCAACUAGCGCAGUUCUCCUCCAACAGCGCGCCGAGCAUUAGUACGCCAGCCACAUCGACUCAACGAAAUACAUCGAUGGAUUGGCCGACGCAAUAUCAAGGAGGUUGGGCCAGCUGACGACGAAGGUUCUCGGAAGGGCCAUACUCCUUCCACCCUGCACAAUGGCAGAUCCUUACUUUUAUUUUUCUCCAUUUCUUCUUUCAAUGUCCUCUUUUUUUGGCACCCCAAAAAUAUUAGUGAUGGUUUAAUUGAUGCGUACUAUGUCACAUGUACCACCACUUUGCGGAUUAAGAAUUUCUCUUCAUGCUUUCCUUUUUAGUUGGUUCUCCUUUCAGCAGGGCGCUCGGUGGAUGGCGGUGAAGGGUUUGCGAGGGUGUUCCGGAAUUUCGUUUUUCUUUUUUCUCCUUUCUAUUAUCCCCACGGUUUAAAGUCAAAUGGGUCAUUUUUCUUGCGCAAAGCCUGUAUAUAUGUAUGGGACGUUUGGAUUAUAUCUCGCAUUAGAUAGUUCCGCAAGGCCUACUUGUUUGUAUCUUUCAAUACAUUAUGCAUUCCCGAAAGCUUGCCAAGGCGAAACAAUGUUCUUGACCUUCCUCCCACCUUGUCCAUCAGUAGAGCCCUAGUUUUCGGGGGAAUGGGCCGGAAAAAAAAAAACGGACCAUGCCUUUUUUCCAAACUCUGCUGUCCCACUCAGCUUGGUUAUUGUAAUUUUCUCGCGCCAUAGCCAGAGAGGGGUGAUAUCAGGGUUAGUUAUACUUGCCUUCAACGGGGAGGCCUGUAGGUGCAGUCCUGCUAACCUCCAUCAUACAUCCAAUAGCUUGGAUAACGGGUCUGACUGGCUUGGGAGCUAGAAACGCGCCUACCGUGACAAUCUUGGAACCUCUGUUUUAUCUCUAUUCAGCAUCGCAUGGUCGUUGGCUGCG